AUGCCUCUGCCUUCCUCCCCAGUCCCGCCUGCCCUUCUCUCUCGAAUCCCAAUCUCUAUCGUCCUCAGGCCGGCCAACUUGGAGCCAGCGGCCGAGGCGGUGGAGGUGGGCAGGCUCAUCCUCAAGGCGGCGGAGUGGUCGCCGCAGUCGCACGAGCUCUUCCCGGAGGCGGCUCGCAAGCGGGCGGUCGAGGUGAUGCGGCUGGGCUACCUGAUCGCUUGGGACGAGGAGCGCUUCGACAGCCGCGAGGGAGCGGCCCCGGAGCUGGCGGACAUCUGGCGCGGCUUUGUGCUGCCAAGGGUGGUGGCAUGGCUUUGUGUCUGCCAAGGGAGAGGCCCAAGCAAUUCGGGUGACUGCAUGGCUCUUCGCGUCGAGGGAUGCGUCCAAGAUAUGAGUUGCUUCAUUGAAAGCGCCGUGUCUUGCGGCAUAUUCCGGGUCAUCGAUCCACGUGAUGUGACAAACUAG